GACUUCUGUACAGCGAUUGGUCAACAGCUAGCAGAAGGCGUAAUACAUCACACGACAGCUGAUAGCUAUGGUCAGUCGAUAGCCACGCACGCCAGAAAUAGCUUGACCGAAAGCGAGCUUACAGACGCAGUGGUCAGCGGGCGAUUCCGUGUCGCCGCUCCGUAAGGUAUUACAUAACCAUCCCAUCAAUAAAUCCAUUUCGAGAGCUAUAUUCCACCAGAAAGCAAACACAGAAUGCCAUGUACACAUGCGUUUGUUUCAACACGCAAAUACAGACGUCAUAAAUAAAUGCGGAACCCAUUUCCUACUAUAGUACAGUUAUCCUGUAAUUCGGAGUAGACUGCGGACGCAGGAAUCAUCUUAAUCUCUUUAUUUUCUCCAGAUAAAAAAAAAACAACACCAUGGGUUUUUUGCUCUUCACGUUCUCAUCAUGACGUUUUGUAAAUUGGAUGCCUGAUUUCGCGAAGGAGAUAGCAGACGUUUUUGACAACAUUUGAGCGAAAGUCAUCGAAAAUUGAUAUUGGCGUCUUUUUACCACUAUUUUCAUCUCGGAAAGAUGCCGAAAUGGCGGAUCACAUCCGACAGAUAAGAACGAUGGUGUGUAUUCAUCACGAAUGAAGUAUUUCUACAAAUUUUGCGAGAGUGGACAUAUCAUUUCAUUCGGAGAUAUUUGAUUGUGUGGAUAAUCCAUUGGCUUUUACAGCUGGAGUCGGGAUCAGCGGCCUGUAUGGGGCUUGAGACGCACGGCUCUGCGGCCGCGGCGGGGAGGAUCCAAGACAAGAUGAGCCAAUUGGACUCCAAGCCCAUCGACACAACUGAGAGCAAGAGUGAGAGCUGCGCUGGGUGUGGAAAGGCAAUUAUUGAUCGUUACUUGUUGAGGAUAGGGCGUGGUCUGAGCUGGCACUCAUCCUGUCUUCGAUGCCUUGAGUGUGAUGAGAGUCUCAGCUCGCAUCAAAGCUGCUACUUUAAGGACCAAAACGUUUUCUGCAGGAAAUGCUACUCGAGGGAAUUCGGCACCAAAUGCGCCCGUUGCCUACGGAACAUCGACGCUAGCGACUGGGUCAGGCGAGCGAGGGAAAACAUCUACCACCUCGCUUGCUUCGCCUGCGACAACUGCAAGAGGCAACUAUCGACGGGCGAAGAAUUUGCGAUGAUUGAAAAUAGAGUGCUGUGCAAGUCGCAUUACCUUGAGUUGGUGGAAGCAACAUGUCGCAGCAAUGGAGACGGCAGUGGUUCAGAGUACGGUGGAGAAGGAAGCGGGAGUGAGCGUCCACAACAGAAGACCAAACGGAUCCGGACCACUUUCACCGAGGAACAACUCGAAGUCCUCCAGGCCAACUUCAACGUCGACAGCAACCCGGACGGGCAAGACCUCGAACGCAUCGCCCAGAUCACAGGGCUGAGUAAGCGGGUCACGCAGGUCUGGUUUCAAAACUCACGGGCGCGCCAGAAGAAACACAGCAAUCCGCACGGCAUGGAGACGCCGCCGGGCGGGCUGUGCACGCCUGGUGGAAUGGUGAUGGGAAGCGGUGCUGGUAGUGGUGUUGGCGGUGGAGGGGGGCUGGCGGCUUCUGAUGGGUACACUGGUGGCAGCGAUGGAUGCUUGUCGCUAGCUGGGAGGAAACCGUCCCCGUUGCCGCCUAAAUAUGUUGACAUGUUGGAUUCCUGCGGCAAGUGCGGCAUGAUCUACUGUCUCUGUGAGAAACUCGCCAUCUGCUCGUCCACCUCGUGACAGAAGUUUCGAAUCACCUGACACAAUCACGUGAUGAACUUCACCAAAAUCACGUGAUGAACUUCACCAUAAUCACGUGACCCCUGUAAGAGAACCAAAAACUAUGAACCAAAGACACACACACACACACUUCUUAUGUGUAGGAGAUGAGAAGGAGAAUUUUGUUUUUAGCUUCGAAAUCUGGACAGAAAUAUUUAAAAGACUGAAGAAAAUUAUCAAACGAUAAUCAUGUAUUGACCAAGAAUAGGACAUUCUGCAUAUGACCUUGUGUGUGUGCUCGACGAUAGGUUUUGUAAUGUUGUAUGUCAGAGUUAGAGAGA